CAGUUUAUACUUUCAUACGACCCAACACUCUUCCUGGUUUAGGCUUUCAAAGUAGCUAUGAAGAAGGGAAAAAGUAACAGGUCAUGAUGUCAGAUUCAAAAUAUUUGAUAAAAGAAGGAGAGAUAACAAUACGAUCGGGAAUUUUAAAACAGAAGAAUAAAAGAUAUUGUAGACUAUAUAAGAACGGUGAAUCUGUGUUUCUAAACUGCUAUGAAAGCAAAGGAAAUACAUUAAAGGUUAAAAAUACAUUCACGCUUUCUCGUGUCAAAGGUUUUGAUAAAGUGGUAAAAGAAUUUUCAAAAGAAUUCUACAUAGAUGUUCAUUUAAAGAAGGAGAAAUUCUCUCUGAUAUUCUCCAACCAAACUGACACUGAGAGCUGGAACAAUUGUUUACAGAACAAUGCACACUUUGCUGUCGGAAGAGAAGAGUCGUCUUCUGUUGAUGAUGAUGAUUCAGAUACAGGAUUCAAAGAUAAUAUUUUGUAUGAUUCUGGACCUGAGAAAACUGCUAGAUUUGAUGUGACGUUGAAACAAAAUGAAGAUACCAAAAGACUUGGCCUAACGAGUACAUACCGCUUGUAUGUAUCGGAAGUGUGUCUUAUGUUAGAGGACAUGGUAAAAAAAGAAGCAAAGUACAGAUGGUAUUACGAUGCAUUGAGAAGAUAUGGUAAACAAGGCAACGAUUUUGUGAUACAAGCCGGACGUAGGAGUGAAACAGGUGCAGGAACAUUCACAUUCACGUAUGAAGAUUCCUCUGAAAUCACUAAAUCAAUUGACAGACUUACCAAAAGGCGAGUAAGUGAACAGUUAACAAGUAAACUUGGUUUUUCGCAGUCUGAAACAAAAAGACCAUUAUCAAACAGAAUGUCAGAACCCAUACCGAGGGGAGAACAGUCACAUCCUCCAACAAAGCACAUAUUAUCAUUGGAAGAAAAUACUGAUAUGAAAGCAUCGUUAACCAGAUAUCAGUAUCCUCACAUUUCUCCCGAAAUGAAACGUGAAUUAGAAGGUGUAAUUAGCGGUAGAAUUGAAUUAGUCAGAAAAAAAUCUAGCAAGAGUAAGAUGGAAAUACAAAAAAGCAAAAAAGAAAAGGAUGAAGAAAAGGAGAAAGGAUUAGGAGCAAUUUCAAAAUCUGAAGAUAAAAAGCCAAAUGAUAAAACUGAACAGGAAUUUAUCAAAGAGGAAAAUGACCAGGAUUCGGAAAAUCUGUAUGAUGAGCUCGAACUACCCCUAGACUUGAACAGAGUUACUAAGCCUCUUUUUGAGAAAGCAGACCAGGGAGAUAACCCAACUCAAAAACGUGUUUCCUUAAGUGAUAAAAAACCUGAGGAACCUGAGGAACAUGAAGAACCUUCAGUUUAUGCAGAUGCACAACCUACUCGCCAAGAAGCUUGGAAAAAUUAUGGAUCACAGGAUGAAGAGCAUGUGGAAAAUUAUGAAUUAAUAAAGGCUGGUGCAAGUCAAAACGUCCUAAGUAAACCAUUUGACAAGAUAACAAGUGAUGAAGAGGAAAUUGAUGAUACAUAUGAUCAUGCAUUCCUGGCUGAAAAGAACUUAAAAAAAGAAAACAUUGCAAAAGACUCUAAAAACGUUUACGGUACUUCAAGCGGGAAGGAUAUUUUAGAAAUAGAAACAGAGGGUGAAUUAUGUGAUCCUGUCUAUGAAUCUAUUGAAAAUUGUGAUGGCCUUUAUUCAAAACAGAAAUGUAUACCCCAGUCAGAGGCGUUGGAAAAUGCUGAUAUCAGAUUAUAAAGCUAGAACUUUCUAAAUCAGUCAUACUUUGAUAAUCAAUUAAUAGUAAAAUUACAAUUAUGACGAUAUCAACGCUAAUUCAUAUAAAUUAUGACUAUAUCAAUGAUUAUUCAUGCCAACACCGAAGUGCUGACUACUAGGCCAUCAUUGAUGUUUACUAAUUGUAUUAUCCAAUUGUUCUUCUACAGUCAAAUUGUUAAGACUUUAUAAAUAUUUUGAUAAACAUACAGGCAAUGGUGUCAUAUAUUUCUUUAUAUGUUAUGUUGAUGAUAUGUGUCAAUUCAAAAUUAUUUAGUAUGGCUGGUUAUUCCCAAAUGAUUUACAGUUUUACAUUAUGUUCAUGGUGCCAGUCGUUGGUAUGAAGUACAUAUUUUUCAAUUAAAGUAUUAUUUCAAGUGUGACAGUCUUAAGAAAAUUGUCGUACACUGUCUUUGGUGAGACAGUUUCUUUAAAAUGGCAUGACAUAAGAUAAGAAAAUACUUGAACACGUGACAUUUCUAUCGGUUCUUCUAUACAGGGAACACAAAACUUUGUAUUCAAAGACAAUAUAUGUUUUCCCUAUCUUUAUACAGUCUAUUUACACUGUUCUACAGGUUUACAACAUAAAAGAAAUGUGUCCACUCAGAAAGAGACACUCAUUUUUAUAUUUAUCUCACCUAUCCCUAAGGGCAAUGUGAGCUAUUGUCAUGACUUGGAAUCUGUCGUCGUCGUUGCCCGUUAUCGUUAACAUUUUGUAAAAUCUUCUCUUAAGCUUCUUGACUCAUUUCAACCAAACUUGAACUGACUGAUUUCAGUGUAUCUUGUGUAAAAUUUGUGGGUUUUGUUCCUGCCAAUCAUCUAGCAUGGCAUCUAUGGCUAAAAUAUAUCAUAAGAGUAAAACACAUUAGUUUUCUAAUAUCUUUAAAACCAUAAUAGAUAGAAAAAUCUGAAAAGGCAAAGUUGUUCAGAAUGACAAGAUCUACUUCUAAAGUCCACCCAAAUUAUUAGAUGACUCUUUAUAUAAGAGCAAAUGUCCUGAAAUGGUGAUUUUUUUUUACAUUUUCUGCGUUCAUGUCUAGAAGCUUUAAUCUAUUAUAUAUAGGAAGAAACUCAUAACAUAAAAAAGGUAUUUAAAAACUUAAUUUUCAAAAAUGUUGAUAUGACUGAACCUAUUUGAUAACUCUAUAUAAGAGUGAAUGCCCUUUAUUUGGAAACAAGUUUUGGAAAUUUUUUCGAGUGUUUACCUAAUAUCUUCAACCCGAUGAUAUAUAUGUAGAAACUUUGACAGCAACUUCGGCCAGAAAUACAAGAUAUAUAUUGGAAAGGUAUGAGAUACGGUGACCUAUAGUUGUUAAUUUCUGUGUCAUUUGGUCUCUUGUGAAGAAUUGUCUCAUUGAUAAUCAUACCACACCUUCUUUUUUAUAGAUCGUAUGGCCCUCAUUUUCUUAUUUUUGUUUCAAUUAAAUUAUAGAUUUUAGCCUGCUUAUUCAAAUAAAAAUAAUAGUAAUUUGUUGGGUUUUUUUAUAAUUCAUAACACGACUUGAUUAUCUAAAAAAAAUUUCGAAACGUGAUAUACAGGGAGGAUGGUUUUUAGUUUCUUUUGUAAUCAAUAUAAAAGAAAGUGAAGAAAGUAAGUCUUCAUAUAUGUCUCGGCUGUGACAAAAGUCAUAGAAUGCGAGGCAUAGGGAUUACUUUUUUGCGGCGACGGCGGCGUAAACUAUGUGUAUAAAGCUGUAUAUUUCAGAAAAGAAGCGAUCGAUACCAGAGGGACAUUCAAACUCAUAAGUCGAAAAUAAACUGACAAUGCCAUGGAUAAAAAAGAAAAAAAGACCAACAAACAAAUAAUUGUACACAAAACACAACAUAGAAAACUAAAGACUGAUCAACACGAACCCCACCAAAAACUGGGGGUGAUUUCAGGUGCUCCGGAAGCAGAUCCUGCUCCACAUUUGGCACCCGUCGUGUUGAAGGAAGAAGACCUGGAUCUUUCAUACCUUGUAUGCCUUAUGUUAUGAAGUCAAUAGUCCUCGAUCCCAUUUUUCAUUGUUCAGCGACUGCUUGAAAAAAAUGUUUUUUGUCAUGGGCAUUACUCAUUUAUUAUGAGUAAUAGGAUAAUCAUAUUUGGUAUAAGGGAUCCUUGCAAUGUAUUUGUGUCCGUCAGAUUGGGUACACCUGAAUUCGACCUCAUUUCGUGGAUCAUUAAUCAAGGUUACGUCCGUAUCACAGAUACAAAUUGUAUAAGCAAUAGGUAAACUAUAUUAGGUAUGUGGAAUGAUUGAAAUGGUUACAUGCCAGACUGGCAGAUUUCAUUGGACCUUGACCUCAUUUUCAUGAUAAGAAAGGUGAAUAAACAGAAAAAGACUUGCAUUUUAAAAAAAGUUUUAUGGAAUAUCCUAAGGAUACAUUACAACACACAUGGAUACACAAUGAUCUCCAGCGUCAUUCAGAAUACAGCUGACAUUUCAAAUUUAAUUGUGAAGUAACGAACAUGAACCCAAUGUUUUAGAACAUUGCUGUGUCUUGGGCAUCAUAUUAGAAAUUAAAAAAAAGAAUGAGAUGAUACUGAUAAUACUGAUAAGAAAUUAGAUCUGCUACUUAAUAGGUGUUAAAUUAGGUAACCCCAAACUGUAAUGGAUAUAAAAAAGUGUGUUUCCCCCAAGUAUUGUUAAAAUACCUUUGAAGUUUAAUGUAGCUAGAUAUGUGAGUAAUUUAUACCUUUGCAGUUUUCUUUAUAUUUGAAAUUGUUGUCGAAUUUGCCAGGUUAAUUUUACUUCAGAAUAAAUAACAAUAUAAACUAUAUUUUUUGUUGUA